AUGUCGAAGUUUCGUCGCAUUUUGACAUACAUUCUGGAUCUGGGAGUCAAUCCUAAGCGUCAGCCAUUGGAUGAAGAGGAUCUCAAGCUCGCGGCUUAUUUGAUUGACCUCGGUGAAUCGAUCGAUAAGGGAGACUUUGAUAUUGAAAUGGAACAGCACCUUUCAAAUUUUGAAGACGAUCUACAGAAUUUGAGUAAGUUUCAGUUCAGUGAAUCAUUACAUAUACAUAUGUUACGGUUAGGUUGGACUCCAGAGGACGAUGAAUGCCACAAAAUCCAAAUGUAUCCCGAUGUUGUUCAUCUUCCUGGAAAUCCAAAUAUGAUCCAAUUUGCGAACGGAGAGUUUGUGGAGUUAGACAAAGUCAAGGAAGCGGUCGUUUAUUUUGGAUCAAAAACGGGAUUGAAAAAUAAUGGAUCAAAAGUCCGUCCAAGUUUGGAACAAGUUCACACUAAAUUUCGAUUUAUCAGAAACCGCAACCAUAUGGACAAACUUCGGGAGUACGAGACUCUGGGCUCCACCAAAGCAAAUAGGAAGAGCAAUUUGGAGUUCAUUUCGAUGGAGCUCGAGAAAGAAGUUAGGAUGCAUAUUGAAAACGGAAAAAUACUCCACGACUCGGUUCUCCGUUUUUUGAUUGCUGGGAUCAUCAAGAAAUACAAAAUCGACAUCGAAAAUUUCAUUGGAUCGGAAAGCUGGUUGAAUGGUUGGAAAGCUCGGUUUGGAAUCACUUCUAGGAAGAUCACAAAAUUUGUUUCCACGAUUCGUCACAAAACGCGCGAUCAGAUUGAGAAGGAUUCCAAGGAAUUUGUGACUGCUGCUAACCAAGUUUUUCCAUUGUAUCAUCCAUCCAAUAUAUACAAUGCGGACCAAUCCGGAUUCCAGAUCGAGAUGCAUACGGCUCGAACUCUCACUUUGAAAGGAUCGAGAAACGUCCAUUGCGUUGUUGGAAGUGAAUCGUCGACGACACAUUCUUACACAGUACUCCCGUUGAUUUCGGCAUCUGGCAAGCUUCAUCCCAAAUUAUUUGUGACGCUGAAAGAACCAAAAGGGCGAUUCCCACAAAAAGGCCAUUUCCAAGCUUCAAAUCUUGAAGUUACUUGCCAUACUAGCCAUAUCAUGACGAAAGAACUUAUGAAAGUCUUCUUUCAAAAAAUCGUGUUCGACUCGUCUAUGCCGAAGGAUGCUCUUCUCAUUGUAGAUUCGUGGAACAGCUGGAAAGACACUGCCGCCAUCGAUUCGGUCACCCCUUCAUUCCACAAGUUGAAAUUAUUGACGAUUCCUGCUGGAUGCACUGGGCGUAUCCAACCAUGUGAUGUUGGCAUUUUUGGAUCCUUCAAGAAAGUUGUGAAGACGCUCACCAACUAUGCCCAAUUGACCAACAGCAACUACAAGUUUCAAACCAGGGAUGAAACUCUGAAGCUCCUCUCCCUCGUCUGGCGGCAGCUGUGCUCUCCGAAGCUCGAGAAGUGGGCCCGAUAUGCUUGGGUUGCAGCUGGAUACGAUGUGCCCCGUCCAGCAAGUUUCGAAACUCCAGCACAACUUCUGUUUCCACGAGGUGUCGCUGGAGAUUGUACAAUGCAUGGUUGCUCCAGCACAUCGUUUGUGAAGUGUCUCUAUUGUGAAAAAUUAUUCUGUUUCGAACAUUUUGUCAUUGACCAUCACAACUGUGGAUUGAUUACCAAUGUCAAUCUAGAUUCGAACUUCAACAAUAAUGAGCAAAAAAGAAAAUUUAAUGAAAACCUCAUGAAUCAAUCUCUGGAUCGUUUGACAAUGAUUGCUCGGGUCACAAACGGAAUUUAUCUUCAAAAAGGAAUAAUGGACGGUAUCAUUCCAACAGAUAAUCUGAUUUCGGAACUUUUGCAAUCCGUGGAGAUUGAUAAAGUUGAAAAAAUCGAUGUUGAAAAAAUCGAAGCGAUUUUUGAAGCGUUGGAAAAGACUCAGACUUUUGCAAACUCUACGAGUCAAAAUGUUAAUGUUACAAGUGCUGAAAAUUCAAGUAUUUCUUCUGAGACUAUCCGAAAAGUUCUAGAAUUUCUGCAGAACCCAAGACUUCUCAAUAAGUCAAGCUUCCUCAAUUUGCGAUUGUUAGUUAUCCAGAUAAUUAACCCACGAGCUAUGAAACCGAUUGUUCACACUUUUGGUUUUCCUAAUGGCUAUCAUGACUUAAUUAUGUUAUCCAAAGACUUUGAGGAUCCAUGGCUUCAAGCAAUAGUUCGUACGAAGUCUUUGGAGUUUUCCAUAAAACCUCUAAUUGGCCUGGGAGUGGUAAUUAAAAAUAUAAGUGAGCAAUUAAAUUUCACGGAGGAGCAGAAGAAUAUAGUUUUCGAAGUUUAUCAAGAUUUGAAAGAAUUAGUGGCCAAAAAAAUGGAAUUGACGAUCUGUAACUUCACGGAAAUCUCCUCCAAAUCCGCUUGCUUUCUGGCUCAAAAUCUGGCUAUUCAAGACUAUGAAAGUAUGAUCAAAGGCUUGAAAAGAUUCAAAGAGGCCCAAAGUGGUCUGAAAAGCUUGAACACUUCUAUCAAAACAAUGAAAUUCAAUAAAAAUCUGGAAACUGAAGCUCUCAAGCACUUUUCGGGUUCUUUGAGGCAUUCAGAGAUUCUUGGAUAUGCUGUUCAGGGGGUGAUUUCUAUGAGAUUGGCAAUUCAAGAAGAACCAGAGUUUCAACAAAUUAUUCCAAAAUUAUCAAUAAUCACGGCGCAGUUGAUAGGGAAUUCGAGUCAAGAAGACCAGAAAAAUCUGGAAGAGUUAGCGAAAAUGGGUCCGCAUUUGGAAGCUAUGUACUCGACACUGAACACAUGGAAGUUUUCAAGUUUCAUUGAAGAUAAUUCUACAAAUUUACUUAACUAUUCAAAAAUCUUUGAAAAUGCACAAUUGGUGACUGGAAUUGAAUUGAAUUUUUCAAACAUCGCAAUUUCUUUGAAUAAUUUGAUUGCUGGAGUGGGUGACGAGGAAGUUAGGGAAAAGUUAAAAGACAUUGAAACAGUUGUCGAUGAGAUGAACGAAAUUGGUUUGAAUUUUUCAAGAUACUCAAAAAUUUUCAAGGAGGUAAACGGAACAAUGCAAGCAUUGAAUGUGUUCUUUGUGGAUUACGAUACAAAAAUUUAUGACCCGAUAAUUGCCAAAGAGAGGAAUAAAGACUACACUGCCAUGUACACAUUGAUUGGAGUAGGAGCUGCCAUUUUCGUUAUUGUAUUUUUCCUGGGAUUACUGUAUCUAUGGAGAAAGGACAAGGAAAUUGAAAACUUUGGAGAAUCGAGAAACGAGAAAACAAAAAAGGAAAUUUCCAGAAAAAGUGGAUCAAAUUCAGAAGAAACGCUAUUGACUGGGAAGAAUUUUUCGACUUCUUCCACUACUCAUUGA